AUGUCUGGUCAGUCACAACGUGGAAAAAUGAAGUCGAUGAGAACACGAAAUCAGCGUAUGCCAAUUCCUGCAAAUGCUUCGCGUGCGGCACAUACACAGAAUUCUGACGAAAGUUUGGGGAUAUAUGCUAAUCCCGGACUCACCUACAUCCUUGGACGUCACGUUAUAGGAAACGUAGGAGAGAUUAUAACAACAGAAAAUGAUCGUGUUAUCGGGGUCAUAAAAGCUAUUUCUCCUUCGGCUGAUUUGGGAUUGACAUUUGCUCAAGUUGCACAGAAGAAUGACAAAGGAACUCGUAGGAAUGUAACAGACAAAACUGUUUUGUGGUCUGAAAUUAAGAUGAUUCGAAUCCGCAAUAUAAAUAAGACGGACUGCUUAGUUAAUGAUAUAAAAACUGACAGUGAGAUAGCAAAAGAUUGUGCUGCUGGUAACGUUGUAGCAGAUAAAGAAUUGGUUCCUUUCUUCGCUUCAUCAGAUGGGGUUAAAGACUUUUUGCUUGAUCAAGGGAGCUUCUCAGCAGUAGAAAUGUUUGAAACAAAUGAGAAGAUGUUCUCCGUAUCUUCUACCUACAACCCGGAUUUACGAGAAUAUACGACACCUGUCGACCGUUCUGCUCCCAACUUCUCAGAAACUGAAGCGCGUUGUGCAAAAUUGGCACAGGAUAUAACGGAAAAUUCCUCAGGAAUGGGAUUAAUGGAUGAUGAAGGCGAUAUUUGUAUGGAAAAUGAAGAGGAGAAAUAUAGCGCAGUUGUUCGUCCCAGUACAACUCAGAAUGCGGCACGUAGUACAAAGAAUAAUCAUCGUUUGAAUUCAGCAUCUCAGCCUGAGUCUACUGUUAAUAUCACUACCCAACUCUCUCAGGUGUGUAUUCAGUCAAAUAAGCCUAGUAAUACUGAAGCUGUGCGAGUGAGCAUUUCUGUUGGAGAGGCAUUAAAGUCAGAUGCUAACCCUCAAAUUAAUGGUGUAUCCAAAGUAUGCAUUCAAGGUGAAAAAGAUAAAACUAAACAGAUCCAUGAUCAAUCGACGGAAGUAUCAACUCCUGUAUGUGUGUGCACAACAGCAUCAUGUGUGAAAAGCAGUACAACAUCAGAUGCACCUGUGACAUCCAGUACCAAAGUUAGUACGACAGAGGAGCGAGUAAAAAAGUCAACUCUAGACCCAAAUGCUCCAGAGUUUCAGCCAAUGGGAUUAUCUUAUACCUCACAUUCUGUGGCUAAUAUGGCUCAAACACUCCAAUCAGGUUUACCACCAUUUUCUGCUCAAAGCAUACAAAUUCCACAGCACUAUGUAUCCACUAUGAAUGUUAUCUCUCAAGCUCCUCCACUACCUGGGCAGACAGCAUUUAUUGCUGCAGGUCAGCACAUGUACGCACCUUUCCAGUAUACCCAUCAGGCACAGGUGCAGCAGAUGUUACCUCCAGUUUGCUCCAGUGGUCCAGGCACAAAUCAACAAAUUAGAGGAAAUUCAUUGCCGCCGUCUAUGAAUCAACAAAGUUACACCAAUCAUGGUCAUAACAUGUUGCCUCAAAUGGGGCAGGGUGUUUCUCUGGGACAGAUAAUUACAUCCCCUCAAGUUAUAAGUGGUCAUAAUUCUGCAGGUCGUCUUUCCGUAUGUCCUUCGUCUUCCGUUAGUUUGACUCGCCAGCGUUCAAAUGAUUCUCCGUCUUCAGUAACUCACUGCACGUCAUACGCUAUCCAGCAGCCAACAAUGUCUAUACCUGCGUUCCAGUCACAAGCAGUCUACCAGUUACCUCAACCCAAUGGUGCAUUUUUUGUGUCAAGUCAUCCCCAAAUGGGAGUACAUAUCCUUUCGGGAUUACCUACUGCUGUCAGUUCUGGUUUGAUGGUUGGUGGUGUUCAUGUCUCACAAGCUUCUAACCAGCAAGUAUGUCCAACUCACACAUUAAUGCAGAUGCAGCCUGCACACCUACAAGUCCCUGUUGGACAGUCAGAUCAAGUCACUACUCCAUCAACUACGCCUCAGCAAACUUCUCAAUCUCAACAAUUAUUUCCUCAGCAGUUCCAAGAGCACUCUCACCCCAUCCAAAUACCUGCAUACGCGAAUGUCCCUGCUCAGUAUCAGCAUAACUUGGUAUUCGCCCCACAACAGAACGCACCUGCUUUCUAUCCCACAGCACCUGCAAUGGUAGCAGGUCCAGGGACAGUAAGUCAUGUUACUGGUCUCUCCCCAAUUGUCGGUCAGCACAAUCAUUCUUUGAAUGCUAGCAUUCCACACCAAUCAAACCAAACAGAUUCUGCAUUAAUAACUUCCCAACAAAUUCAACAAUCACACAUGAUGCCCCAACCAAAUUGCCAGCCCCAGCAGUUUAUGCAGCACUAUCCAACAGUCGCUCAAGCUCAGUUACUCCAAGCGCAACAACUCUCAGCUGCUCAACACAUGGGCAAUCAACAUCUCCCUAACAACUACCCGUACCAUGCUUUGAUUGCUGCUAUGGCAGCAGGAGGUGCAGCAGCUGCUCCGACUCACUAG